UCCAUCUUCGUGAAACUCAAACUCAAAACUCAAACGCAGUGAAUCUCAUCUCCAUUACUCAACCACGCAGCCUCCAUCCCCUUCAAACUCUCCACUAAUUCUUCCAUGGCUCCAGAAAGCAAGCCUGAUAUCACCGGAGUGCUCACGCACGGCGGGAGGUACGUGCGCUACAAUCUCUACGGCAACCUGUUUGAGGUGUCCAGUAAAUACGUCCCUCCGCUUCGCCCUCUCGGCCGCGGCGCUUACGGCCUCGUCUGUUCGGCUGUGAACAAGGAGACGAAAGAGGAGGUUGCAAUUAAGAAAAUUGGGAACGCAUUUGAUAACAGAAUUGAUGCCAAGAGGACUUUGAGGGAGAUUAAGCUCUUGCGCCAUUUGGAUCACGAAAACCUUAUUGCUAUCAAGGAUAUUAUAAGGCCACCAAGGAGGGAGGCUUUUAACGAUGUGUACAUUGUUUAUGAACUGAUGGAUACAGACUUGCAUCAGAUUAUCCGGUCAGAUCAAGCGUUAACAGAUGAUCACUGUCAGUACUUUCUAUACCAACUAUUAAGAGGAUUGAGAUACGUACACUCAGCACAUGUCUUGCAUCGUGACCUUAAGCCUAGCAACUUAUUUCUGAACGCAAACUGUGACCUUAAGAUAGGAGAUUUUGGGUUGGCAAGAACGACAUCUGAAACAGAUUUUAUGACUGAAUAUGUUGUCACUCGUUGGUAUCGAGCACCUGAAUUGCUCCUUAAUUGCUCAGACUACACUGCUGCAAUUGAUGUAUGGUCUGUUGGUUGCAUUCUUGCUGAAAUAAUGACACGAGAACCGCUAUUCCCAGGGAAAGACUAUGUUCAUCAGCUGAGGCUCAUUACUGAGCUAUUAGGCACACCCGAUGAAGCAAGCCUAAAAUUUCUACGAAGUGAUAAUGCACGGAGAUAUGUUAAACAGCUGCCCCAGUACCCAAAACAAAAUUUUGCUGCAAGAUUUCCAAGUAUGUCACCACUGGCUCUGGAUUUGCUAGCAAAGAUGCUUGUUUUUGAUCCAGACCAACGUAUAACUGUUGAUGAUGCUAUCUGUCAUCCGUAUCUAUCCACUCUUCACGAUAUAAAUGACGAGCCAAUUAGCUCCACGCCUUUCAGUUUUGAUUUCGAGCAGCCAUCAUUAACAGAAGAAAAUGUCAAGGAUCUAAUUUGGAGGGAAUCACUCGUUUUUAAUCCAGAUCCAGUCAGUUAGUUGUGUGCUUUUUCCACAUUGCGUAGUUUCUAUGUAUUAUGAUAAUUUUGUGUUGUAUGUAUAAAAGGUGUACUGGCUUUCGUCUUUCGACCAGCUUUCUACUCCAUGGUUACUUGUGUAAGUUAUGCCUCCAGACAUGUAUUGUAUCACUAAAAAUAUGAAUAUUGUAAUUUUGAUGACUCUGUAUUUAUAUACUACCAAUGUAACUGAUUCAAAGAGCUACUCCUUAUUACUACUACA